AUGCCUCAUGGACAGGGAAGUGGUUUCAUGAGAUCAAGAGGGAACAGAAGAGGAAGAGGACAAACUAGAGGUGGAGUAGUCAACAGAGGCAGGGGGGAAUAUCAAGGACAAAGCAGAAAUUAUCUACAGAAUGGACAUCAAGGAGGAAUUCAAAAACAGGGUGGAUACCUUGGAAGAGGUGGAAAUCAGAUGCGAGGAGGAAGGGGAGGCAAUCCUAUAAGAGGAGGUCAGACAAGAGGAAGAAGUUAUGGAAUGACAAGAGUUGGAGAUAGCAACAAUUCUUUUAGAUUCAAUUUACAAAACUUCAUGAAAGUGGUUAAAAAUAAUACAACAGAAACAAAUGAUAUCAUGUUGAUUAGUAACACCCUCUAUGGUGGUAAUUAUGGAUUCAAAGAUAGGUUUGAAUGUGAACCUGCACAAAAGAAAACAAAUGUACAGACUUUUGAAGGUGUCCUCUACUUUGGUGACCAGUUCAUUACCAGACAUGUUGAUGUGAACAAGAAAAGAAUCAAAUCUGGGUGCUAUUCUAAAGCUGUAGGAAUUCUCUCAACCUUUACAGUGGAUCAGAUUUUAAAUUUAAAAGACACAGGGAAUGGUGAGCCUGUAAUAAAACAAGAGGCAGAUACCAGCCAAGUGACAAAACCUGUAGCAGAAAGCACAAUUCAGUUAUUCAAUAAAUUGAAGGAUACUCUUUCAUCUCAACUUGGACUAGAGUUACAUGUUAUAAGUCGAUUAGAACAAGCUGGUGCCAUGGUAAAAUCUCCUCUAUUGUAUGUGGAAGGUUCAGCUAAAGAUCCUGAAGAUAAGAAGCCAAUAUUUGAAGGCUCCUUGUAUUUUGAUGAUGUGCAUGUUGCAAUCGCUCGAAAUAUUAACAAAAAAUUGACAAAACUCUCAUGUUAUGAAAUGGCUUUUGACCACCUUUUGAAAUUUGAUUCACAUACAUUAUCUCAAGGACUGACAGAAGAACAGUUAUCCAGCAUCAUCACAGGAGAUGUUGGUAUUCUGACAAAAUUCUAUGGUGAAAACUUAGAUGUUCAUCAACUUCGUUUGUUUAUGGAAGAACUUGCUAAGCCAGAAAACAAGCCAUUUUCAGCUCAUUUUGAUAUACUAGCAUUGGAGGAAUUGAAAACCAGUCCAUCACUGUUGUUUCGAAAGCCUCCUGGUAAAAAAACUGACCAAGUUAUCUGUGAGCUGUACCUUUGUAAUAUUUUGAUCAGCAGUGGUCAGGGAGCAACUCAUUUGGCUGCCAAACGAUCUGCAUAUGAGUAUGCUGAAAUGUUUUUCAACAUGUCUACUCCUGAAUCUAUCUUGCGUGAAAACAGACGGCUAACUUCUGAAGACAAAAAAGCACCUGAUGUCAUUGAGUAUUGUGUGGUGUCUGUAAACACCAGAGCGCAGUCAAACAUACUGAAAUUGAAAAGCAGCACCUGGACAAAUUUUCCUGAUGAAUGUCAGAAUCUUUCUGUUAAAGAUUUGGUUAUUAUGGAACAAGAAAGAUGGAAUACUGAUAGAAUACGGACACAAGCAUUUGGUAUUUUGUCGCUUAGCUGCAACACUAAUGGUUUAUUAUUGGAGUGGGAUUUUGAGAGGCUAUCUAAUAAUGUAUUUGAGUGCGUAAUUUUAAUUCAAGGAGAAAAGUUAGCUACUGUCCGAACUGCUGCUACAAAUAAGAAUGCAGCUAAAAGUAUAGCAGCUGCCCACAUUCUGUUUAAUUUAUAUGAAACCUGUCCAGUUGUUGAAAUGUUAACUUGUGAUCCUAAUCCAAGAGUUAUAACAUUAGAUGAAGUUAAAGCUGAAGGUGAAAGAUUGAAAUCUUCUGGUCUGUAUGUGGAAGAUCUACAAUAUAAAGGCAAAGAUCAAGAAGAUGAAGUCGGUGGCAAUCCACCACUUCAAACUACGAAACCAAUACCUGACAAAUACCAAGUCUUUGCUUUCAAGUCUAUUGUUAACGCUUUUUUUUUGGGUGGUAACCUCAGGGACAUUCAGUUAGAGGCCAAUUUUCCACAUGAUAUCAUCUCUUUUUCCAAACUACUAGCAGACAAAUUUAUUCAUUAUAGAAAUCAUGAAGAUUUUUCAACUAUUCACAAGAACUAUCAUCCCAAAAAGCUUUUUGAAUUGCUUAUGAAAGAAAAUGGUUCCAGUGGUCGUUACAAACUUGUUCCUCAGAACCAGGUUCCAACUCAGAGUGAUCUGAAGAUUGAAAUGGCAUCUAGUCAAAGAGUCCUGAAUGCAGCUCUACAACAGAAAAAAGUUUCGGAGUUGAAGAAAGCAUCUUCCAACCAAUCCAAUCCCCAAAAAAGAAAGAUGGCACCACCAGCAAACAACUUUGGUCCAAGUUCACAAAAGAAGCAAAGAGGAGUUCAGCAUAACUUUGGAUUGAAGAGACCUGGCUUCCUACAAACCAAACGAGGAGGUAUUCAAAGUGGAGGUGUGCAGAGACCACAGCAAAAUUUCAUAAACCAACAACAAAGAGUACAGCAGGAAAAUUUCCAAAGUAAUCAGCAGUAUUUCCAAAACCAACCAACUACUUUUCUUCCUAAAAGCAGUCUUAGAAGUAGAGGUAAUUCUACCCCAAAAAGACCAGGCCUUCAGAAAACCAGAGAUCAACCACAAAGGGGUAGGGCAGGUGGUAUUAGACCACCAGCUUUUUUAAAUCACAAGAAAUUACUCAAUGAUUAUUUGGCUAAGUCUGAACCAAAUGAGAUAUAUGGUGAUGAAACAUACGAUCACCAAAAUAGUUUUGUGCAACAACCACAUGAGAAUUAUUACGAUUUCACAUCAGAUUGUCCCACAUUGACACCUAUGCGUGUCACGCCGGUUGGAAGUGUCACACGGGGUGGGAGUCGAGGUCGUGGUGGUGUUGUAAGAGGUCAAACAAUACUAAUACAGAAUAGAGGUCCUGGGUAUGAAGAAGCUUUGUAUGGAGAAGGUUAUGGGUAUAACAAGGCCUUCGAAGGGGAUUAUUAUAACGAUUCUUUUACAACCGGAAGUGGAGGUAUUAUCCAAUCAUUUGAUUACGGGCACCAGUCAGUCAGUGGGUUUGAAGAACCUAUGAUGUAUUAAAGAUUCAGAAUAUUAUUUCCAUUUUAGUGCAUUUAGUUAGUAAGUAAAUUAUUAUGUAAUAAAUAGCUUUUUAAUCAAGAA